AUGUCCGCUUACAUCCCUGAAGACUUGGUUCUUGAAAUUCUCCCCGGGCUUCACCUAAAAUGUCUUAUUCGAUUCCGAUCCGUCAGCAAAUCUUGGGCCACCCUCAUCGGCACUCCCGAUUACCUCUCCAAAAGUCUCAUCAACGAUUGCAUUCUCGCCAACCCCACCCAUCAACUCCUCUUCGUAAAACGCUCCCCCAUAUCCACUGACGGAAGACUGUCUUACUCAUUCCUAUGCUACAGCACUCUCGCCUCUGCCUCUGACUCGGAAACUCAUCAAGAUCUUCCGUUACAAAGCCGGUAUGAUAUUAAGAUUGUGGGUUCCUGUAAUGGCUUGCUCUGUCUCUUUGACUACUACGAUACCGGCAACAUCGUUGUCUGGAACCCCACCACGGUGGAGUUCAUGCUCCUCCCUCACGCUUGGGAGGUGGAAACCGUAUGUUUUGGUUUCGACCCGAUACACGAAGAGUUCAAGGUUUUGAGGAUUCGCUAUGUGCCGGAGAGUGAGGAGCCGUAUCUCCCUCCUUACUUGGUUCGUCGUGUCCAUCUGAACCAGGCAGUGGAGGUUUAUAGCCUAAGCGGUGGUUCUUGGAGAAAUCUUGUCGUCGACGUUGAAGUGCCUAAGUUUCAAGGACUCGAUUCAUCUUAUAUGAAUGGUGUCUGUUUCUGGUUGGCGCUAACUUAUUAUGGGGACGAGAAGAUUGUUGCGUUCGACGUGUGCGAUGAGGUGAUCCGAACGAUGGCAUUGCCCAAUUAUAGUCUUGUAUAUGGUGAAAUUACUUGGAGGACUCUCACGGUACUAAAAGAAUCGGUUGCUUUGAUAGUUUAUCCUCGUAAUAAUGGGGAGGACAGAUUCUUCGAUAUAUGGCUGUUGCUCGACUUUGGUGUUAAAGAAUCUUGGAUUCGGCUGGUGAGGAUCGUACCCAUCUGUGGUUUUGGAUGGCCGUUGGGGUUUUGGAAGAGGGGCGAGUUGUUUAUUGUGUGCAGAGAUCAGGGGGAGCUUGUAUUGUAUAACCCUUUCACUCAGACAGUAAGAACUCUACAGCUUGAUGGGGAGUGGUUCCAUGUUCUACCUUUCACCCCUAGUUCAGUUGGGAUCAACGGAUCGGGAUUUUUAGAUGGUGGCAGCUAUGUUGGUGAUGCAGCCGAUGAGGGUCUGAAUAAUGAACCACUCUCUCGGGCUGAGUAUCUAGCUAUGAUCGGCCCUCAUCCAGGGGGUUUGAGUGGAGAGCUACCUACUCUUGCUGAAGUCUUUGGGGGAUUGCCCUAUUGCCAGGGUAUUUCUCAGCUUGCAGCUUUUAUCGUGGAUGGUCAAGAGGCAGCCAUCCAAGAAAGCUUCAAGGAGAGGGAACAGUUGAAGUGUGAACUCGAGAGGACGAGACUCGACCUAUCGGGCGAGCGCAAGAGAGUGAAGAAGCUAGAGUGCUGUCAGAGGAAUAACUAG